CCAAGCUCCAGGCGCUGGUGAAUUAGGUGCACAUUCGGACCAGAAUGUCUCAGCAGAAGCAGAAGCAGUGCUGCCCGCCCCAGCUGUGCUGCCCCCUGCCAAAACACUGCUGCCCUGCACCCCAGCUGUGCUGCCCUCCAAUGCAGCAGUGCUGCCCCGUGCCAAAGCUGUGCUGUCCCCCACCCCAGCCGUGAUGCCCCGUGCCAAAGCUGUGCUGUCCCCCACCCGAGCCGUGCUGCCCCGUGCCAAAGCUGUGCUGCCCACCACCCAAAGAGUGCUAACUGCGCCGCAGCACACCAAGCAGCCUUGCCAGCCUCCACCCAACUUCAAGGAGCCCUGUGCCCUCGAGUGCCAACAGGGGUGCCCAUACCCUCAGCAGUGCCACAAGACAAAGCACAAGGAAGCCCGGGCAUGUGACCAGAGGCCUAGCCCCCGGCAGCACAGACAGCAGGAAGCCCACUCCCCUCUCUCCGCCAGCCAGCGGCCAGCCCCCCUCACCCCAGCUUCAGGAUGCAGCCACGCUUCGGGGAAAGGCAGCCCCAGGACGGCAGCUUCCUGGAUCUCCAGGUCUUAUUCAUGAGCAGCUGCAGUUUCCAUCUCAGAUGAGCAUCUGGUUCGACACCGACGAAUCAUCUUUGCUGACCUGUAGCCACUUGGCCCUGUCGGCUUCUUGGACACUUCGCUAGCGCGCCCGCACACUCUUUCCUAUCACCCUUCAUUUCUGCUCCUGGUUUCCAAACAAUUAAACACAA